AAAACAAAACAAAUUUCACAAAAUACACAAAUUUGUAAAUCAAAUCGUAGAACCGUCGUCUUGAGCUCAAUAAUCAAUUUAUUAUUAUUACUACCUCCGCUCUAAUAAGGAAUGAGUAAACACGUUCAUUAAUACAGAAGAUUUAUAAAUGCUCUUCGGACAUGGAAGAAGAAACACAAGACGAUAAGCUUUCCGCUUCUAUUUUCUCACGACACAGGAGUCCAACAUUUAGUAGAAAUGAAGUUCAAACCUUAAUAAAUAUAGUUGAAAGGCAUAAAUACACAAUCCUUAAUAAAUCAACUAAUUCAGCUGUGAACCAGGCCAAAGAGCUUUCAUGGGAGAAGAUAACUAAUAUAUUUAACAGUAGGGGUUUCAAGCAUGAGAGAACCACAGAUUCUUUGAAGACGAAGUGGGAGAAUCUUAAGAAAGAUGCAAGAAAACUUGCUAAAAAUUUAGUAGAUGAUAACAACAGUUACAGUGAUCUGACUAGGCAAAUAGUGGCCAUGAUGUCUGACGUAGAGGCCAAUGCUCCUAUGGAACAGAGCCAAAACAUGGAGGAUAAUGAUGAAUUUAAUGAGCCUGUUUCAAAUGAUGAAAAAGAAAGUCAAAACUUGAAAAUAAAGUCCUAUUGGGAAAGUGUAGAAGAGAAGGAUUCUGACGACUCGCAUGAUGGAAAUGAUGGAGAAAAGAGAACUAACCGAUCCCUCAAUUUCGCCCCGCAAGAGUGCAGCCUCCUACUGGAAUGUGUACGGAAAGAAAAGAGGUUUGUAUUCUCUAAAGAAUAUAACGCACACGCCAUUGGGUUGAAGAAUAAAGCUUGGAAAAGGAUAUCUGAAGCUUUCAACAAUAAGAGCCCUCAAAAGAGAUCCCAGAAGGUUUUACGUACAAAGUUCAAUAACAUGAAAACAGUGGCUAAAACCAUGGGUAUCAAAGAUGCUGUUAGGAAUUUUGAUAUAAAUAAUACAAAACAUGAUAAAUUGAUAAAUGAAAGCGCCAAGCCAAUCAAGUCAGAGCCUAUGUUCGAAAUGGAACUGGAGCUAAACGGGCCAGAUGACGACGACCGUCACAACUCGGACAGCAACCACUUCGCGCCAGAUCCUCUCAGCACUGUCCUUAAUAGCGAUUCAGGAAUAGGUUCAACACACUCGAGUUCUUGGAGUCAAGAUAAUAAAGAAGUAGCAAAUUUAAAAUUGAAACUAUUAAAUUACAAAAUGGAAACAGCGAGACUGGAAAGACAAAGGCUAGAAGAAGCCGCUCGCGCAUCAGCCGCAACCCGCGAGUCCGACUCCAUCGCCGCUGCCCUACGACUCCGUGCCGCGCGCCUCGAAGCCGUCGCGGCCGCCGCCAAGCUGCCGCCGCAGCACCCCGCGCUACUCUACACUCCCGAGGAACAGCCCGCGGAGAGAUACUUGCGGCAGUAUGAACAUACUUGAAGAUGUUAGUACUUUUUUUAUUAUUGUAACUUUUUGAACGGGACAGUUGAACGCUUUGAUCGCUAAGAACAAUUUUAAAGUCGAGAGUUGUCGGGCCCGUAGCGCACAAAUUAUAAGUAUACUAUCAAAGUAACAUUCAGGUGUUCAAAGUUUACAUUUGUUUUGGCAUGUGCAUGAUGAAUUUACGAAUAGAUAUCACAAGUUUUGAGGUCCAACUUAUCAAAGCUCCUAAGUAUGUUUAUAAAAUGAAGCUAACAAUUUUAUACAAUAAGCUGGAGGGUUAUUUGUACUGAACCACCAAUCCAUACUAAUAUUAUAAAGGCGAAAGUGUGUCUGUCUGUCUGUUACCUCUUCACGCUUAAGCCGCAAUACCGAUUUAGUUGAAAUUUGGUAUUGAGAUAGUUUGAGUCCCGGGGAAGGACAUAGGAUAGUUUUUAUGCCGGAAAUCAUCCCUGAAGAGAGUGCAAAGGGGGGUGGAAUUGAAAGAGUUAAUAAAUCGCCUAAUCAUUGAAGUAAGCAAUGCGCGAAUUGAAUGAUUGCUAUUAGCAUUAUCCAGGCGCUAUACCUACUUUAGCUGCUGUCACUAAUUCCACGCAGACGAAGUCGCGGGCAAAAGCUAGUAUUUUUAUAGACAGCGUAAGCUCUUAUGAUGAAUUUGUUUGUAAAUGUUCUUAUGAUAUGACAUUUCGAGCUCGUGUAAGGGUGUUCUUGGCGGUCAACGGGUUAAGUCAUUAAGUUCGGCAGUGACAUUCGUAGUCUAUAGAUUUGUCACUUUUGUUAUAAGUACCACCGAAGGAAUUUCAAAUGAAAAUACAAUAACUUAGAUACGAAAAUUUGUAUAUUUUACUUAAUUGCAUUUUACAUGAUGAUAAAUUAUAAUUCGAUAUUAAAAUUAAUAUUUUUUAAA